AUGCCGAAACCACAAUACAUUCAAAAAUUCCGAGACAGCUGGUUACGUGACCCAGAUUUAAAGGAUUGGUUGCAAGUAAUAGAAAGCACUGGUGGACAAACAGCUAAAUGCAAGUUUUGUGGGACAUUAUUGAGAAAUCAUUAUGGAGAUUUGAAAAAUCAUGGAUUAUCAAAAAAACACCAGCAAAAUUCAAAGAUUGUUACUACGCAACCAAAGUUGCCUUUCAAACCAGAGAGCAUGGGAAAGAAGAAGGAAGAAGAUAUGCCAAUGCUGCACGAGUGUGAUGCCAAUGGAAUCAUUGCUGCUAUAAAAACAACACUAACUAAAUUCAGUAUACCAUUGCAAAAUUUAGUAGGCAUUGGCACUGACAAUGCUUCAGUCAUGACUGGAGUCAAUAACGGCGUUCAUGCCAAAUUGAAAGAGGAACUGCCAAAUUUAGUUUUAGUGCGCUGCGUUUGUCAUUCUCUACAGCUAGCAGUUUCAGCAGCUACAAAACAGUUCUUACCAAGGAAUCUCGAAUUCCUUAUCAAAGAAACAUACGAUUGGUUCAGUCGUUCUUCGGCAAGGCAAAUUGCUUACAAAGAACUAUACAAUGUUAUUAACGAUGGUCAUGACCCUCUUAAAAUUGUACAAGCUUGCCAAACUAGUGUUGAACACGCGCUCAGUCAUAACAAAGAACCAAUUGCUCAGCUUAUGUUACAUUUCGCCAAAAAGCCAGAAGAAAUUGCGAAAGUUGAUGAGCAGUGGCGACAAAUUCAUUUACUAACUUGGGAAAACACAAAAAAUACUAAAGAAUUUUGGUAUGAAGUGAUGGAAUCCAAAGAUAUGGCUGGAGAAAACCGCUUCAAAGACUUGGCAACGUUUGCACUGAAUUUACUAGUUUUGCCACAUUCAAACGCCGAUGUUGAGAGACUCUUCAGCACGAUGAAUGUUGUGAAGACUAAGCAAAGAAACAGAAUGAAGCUAGAGCUUCUUUCAUCGAUUAUGACAGUUCGAGCUGGUUUGUCACGGGAGGGCAAAUGCUGUAAUAAUUACAUUAUACCACAUAGCGUAAUACAAAAAAUUGGGACUAAGGAGAUAUAUUCGUCACAAAUAGAAAAUACAGAUGAAGCUGAUUCUUCCGAAGACGAACUUCUUUAA